CAGAACAAGUGACGACGACUCAUCAAGUGACGACGACGACGACGACACAGACACUCACUCACAUUGCUUUCACUUCUUCGCUCCCACUCACCUGGAAAUGAGUCGUCAUCCAGAAGUUCUUUGGGCGCAGCGUUCUGAUAAGGUUUACCUGACUGUUUCUCUACCUGAUGCAAAGGAUGUUUCUGUGAAGUGUGAGCCUCAUGGUCUGUUUACUUUCUCUGCUUCUAAGAUUCAACAUGAAUCUUACAACUUUAGCUUGGAACUUUAUGGAUCAAUUGCACCUGAGGGUUGUAAAACUAAAACUAGCUCAAGAAACAUACUAUGCUCAAUUCAGAAAGGACAAAGAGGUUGGUGGAAAAGACUACUGAAGUCUGAAGCGAAACCUGCACCAUACCUGAAGGUUGAUUGGAAUAAAUGGUGUGAUGAAGAUGAAGAAUCGGAUUCUGAAUUGAUAUCUGAUGAUGAUGGACAGUUUGCUGGUGAAGAUGAUGAAAGCAGUGAUGAUGAUGGAAUGUUAUAUCUCCCUGAUUUGGAAAAGGCUAGAGGAAAGUAACUCUUAUAGUACUAACAAAGGUUGAAGAAGCUUCAAAAAGAUGGAGUCAUAUGGAAGUGUUAGAUAGGUGUAGGGAUAGUCUACUUUAUGAGAAACAAUGAUGUAUUAUUGUAGCUAUCCUGUAUAUAAAGUAUGAGUGGUGCUUUGGAAUCUGAAAACAGUCUUGUUCUUCUUUGAUUACUUGCCACUAAUUCUAGUGUGGUUUCUUAGUAAGUGAAUGUUUGUUGCAUCACAUAAUCUAACAAAUUUUAUUGAAAA